AUGCUCUCCCUCCCCGCGCUGCUCGACUUCCAGACGGUGCUGCUGACGGUGGGCUACUACGCCCUCUGGGCCGCCGCCCUCUGGUACGGGGGCUGGCUCGUCAUCUGGUUAUUGACGGGGUUCCACAUCAGCCGGGUCUACUACCGUGGCGGCGUCGUCAUCCUCAGGCUCACUGUGAAAGCGGGGCCGGCCAAGAUUAAGGUGGGGCUGCUCCGAUUGCGCCUUUUCGGCCCCGCUAAGCUGGUGGUGAUCGACGACGUCGACGUUGUUAUUGACGAAUCUAAGCGGAGGAAGCGGCGCAAACUGAAGCUGAAGGCCAGCUGCACUCUCGAAGAUAUCGUCCCUGACGAGUUGAAGAACUCGGUGUUCCCCAAACACAAAUGGGGGCGCAAAGCAGUGGAAACGUUGCUUAACCAUGUGCCUACGCUCGACGUCCAAGUGAGACUGCUGACGAUCACGCUACGCCACACAAACGUCAUCCAUCGCAUUGUCGUCCGCUACUGGCGAGCGCUGGUGCUGCUGCGCCCGCUGAAGCGGUGUGCUGACUCCCGCAAGUACACGGUGGAAACGCUGUUGCUGGGGCUUGAAUACACCACUGAUACACGUACGCCGAUCUCUGUGCUGCUGGUGAAAGUUAGAGUGAGCACGUUGAUCAACCGCAAGCUGGGGGCGAUGCUGGCGGCGCAGGUGGUGAUGCAGACCGACGAGCUUAAGUUCUCGGUGUUUGCGUUGAUCAAGCUCGUGGUGCUCAGGGAAAGAUUGUCGAAGAUGAAAAAGCUUAAGAAGCUUAAACGCGGUGAAUUGCGAUUGACCCCAUUGGGGAUGCUGCUGGCGCUGCUGGCAAAGCUGACACUGGACUCUUUGGACGACCACGAAAAGCACUGGCACAAAUUGGCCAUUGCGGCUCGUGUGUUGGACUUGGUGUCGGAAGUUGUGUCUGAGGUGACGUUGACCUGUCAAAAUACGAGAAUUACCGAUAUCCCGUACUUGACGAUGGACCACAACUACAGCUACGAACAGUACUUCGCCAAGGACGUGGCGCUGCUGUACCUCCACGUGUGUGCCCAGACUAUCUCCAUCUCCCUCAAUCGUAUUUUGGAUAAUGAUGCUGGUUUUGAGAUCUUAUUCUCUGCCCACCACGACCGGCCUCUCCACGUAUCGGUGGUGCUUCAGCUUAUCACUGUGGACUAUAUUACCAGAGAAGGCGAGCGUCUCGCCAAGCACGGCGGCGAGAUCAUCAACGUGCCCAACUUGCUGAUGCUGGCAAAGACACUGAUCCUCCAGACGAUUUCGAGACUUGUGCUUGCUAGAGCCUCCCACUUGGACCAGCACGCCCUGGAAGCGCUUACCGACGCCUUUGCCGACUCGGAAGUGUGCUCCCAGGGUUUGUCGCUGGGGGUGCUUGAGUGUUUCCUUAACCUCACCAACCCCAUGGUCGACGUUACCCUGAAACAGAUUGCCGAACUCAUCUAUAAUCUUACUAUUGCCUCUAAGCUUUCAGUGGUGAACAAGUUGUUGCAAAUGGCCGACUAUAAUGGCGAUAGCGAAGUGGGAGAACUGGACGAUAACGUCGCUGCUGCUGCUAAACAGCUGCUUAUCAGGGCAUUACACGCUAACUUGCCUCGUCUCGAUAUUCGGGCGGUGAUAGAAAAGCCUCGUUUCCUCAUGAGACUGACUGCUUUAAUCAACUUCUCGUUUGAAUUGUUCGACUUGGACAUACAAAGAGUGCCCGGUAUCGGCAACGACUACGCCAAAUUGAUGGUGCUUGCCCCAUUAAUGACGAUCUACAAGGACCGCAAGCCGCGCUACGAGUUGUUCCAUGCUAACCGGAUUGCCAUGCACGCCGAGCUCCAGGGGAUUAGACUCGAGCCGGUGGUGGAGCUCGAUAAGGUCAGAGUCAACUUGAGCGAGCUUGAGUCUCUUAAAGUGGUGCACGCGUUGUUUGAAGUGGUAUCUGAUGACGUUCAACACCACUUGGCCAACGGCAACAUGAAUAAGGAAAUGAACUCGAUCCUCGAUGAGAAAUUGAGUCGUGAAUUGGCCUGUGUUACUAAAGAGGAAGUGGAGGCGGCGACGGUGGACUCAUUGGCAAAAGUGUUCGACUAUAUGCCUCUGUGGCUCAUUGGCGCCAAAUUCUCAGUAAACUCCUUAUCUGUGGAGCUCGGGCUGCGCAGUGUGCUUAUUCCCAAGCUGAAGAUCGGGCUGACCGACGACGCCUCUUUGCGAAGCGAUUGGUGUGGCGACGAUAAGAAGUUGCGCAGUGCCAAAUUGACGCUUGAGAACUUUGAAGUGGUGCUUAUCAAUGGGUUCCUGAGACCCGGAGUGAAACCUCAGCUCCACCACCCGAAGUUAGGGCCUCAAGCGGACCUGAACGUCACCAUCUUCUGGAGAAUUGAAGCUCGUCUAAAAAAGCUCGAAGUGGGCGCCCUGACCCUGCUUCCUCUGGAAGGCGGCGACCCGCUGCACCACCCGUUCCUCCACAUCGCCGGGCUCGAAUUAGUGACAGCACUGACACUGCUGGGCAAGGAGAACUUGAUAUGGCUUGAUUCAGCUCUUGGCAAUAUCGACAUCCACUUUGACCGCUACAUCCUCUUCACGUUGAUCGGAGUGGUGCACGUGUUUUUUGCUUUUGUGUUUAACCCGUUGAGACAAAUGCAGAAGAAGUUGAAGCGAGACUUGAUUGAGUUCGAUAACAAUGCCCUUGAAAUCGGGCGUCGUGAGGCCGCCAGGGCUAAGAUCAACCCGUUGGACAUCUUGAAGGUGAGAGUGACGCUUGACAUGCUCGAUUUCAUCCUCAGUAUCGAUCAUGGAGUUGAGCUCCGUACCCAAAUGGCUCAGCUUAAGCUGUUGAUCUACCACGGAGACGUGUCGGUAGUUGUCGCCGGUACCAGAGUUCUUACUCUCAGUCCUACUGUUCCCAAGCACUGGGCCCGACUCCUCUAUAUCGACCAGCUUGCGGUGGAAUUGCCCAUUGGUCCCUUACCCCCGAUUAAGGCUAACUGUCGCCAGCUCCGCAUGCUCCACCCGCACCAGUUUGUCCCCUACAAAGUGUUUGACGCCUUGCUGAUCUUCUUCAAGAUUAUUAAGCACUAUGCGAGAGCAAUCAAGAACCACGACGACGAGAGCGAGGAUUUGUUGCCUCGUGAAGUGUUCCCCAGAGCACUGCCGGCAAUUAAGCUUCCUCCCAUCGAGUUGACUACCCCUAGUUUCCUGCUUGUGAUGGAAGACGACCCCUUCGAACAGGAGUUGGGGAUGUGCUACCAAUUGGGGCUUACCGAACAACGGAAACGGCUUGAACUCAUGCUGUUAUUCGAGGUGAAACAGGCCCAGGGCGAAACUGUACUGGAACAGGAAUUGUAUGCCCUUCAGCUCCAGAUUUCGAGACUGUGGGUGCGUAAAGUGGAGGCGUACAAGCGCAAAUUGACCGACGAAACGGUGGCUAACCAGAAGUACUUGUACGGCAACGAAGGCCAGGUGUUCUCCAACCACAGCAUCACCCCUUACUCGAUCCACGCCCCGCUCAUGAAGAUCCAGAUGGACGGCGUGAUGGCGCUGGUGGACGCUCCACUGUUUGGUAUCGAAAACACCAACCAGUUUAUCCACGACAGAGGCCAAGGCCAACCGGUGGACAUGCAGUACACGACGUUGGUGCCGAUGUUUGCCACGUUGCUCGUACAACAGGCCAGAGUGCACUUGAGGGACUACCCCUUGGCAUUAUUGCUGAUUCCUCCUACUGCUGACGGCCUGCCUGCAUUCACUGUACGGGGUAAUUUAGUCGUUGGUGAACAAUUUGAAAACACCCCAAUUGUCUUCCGUCGUAUCUACUGUUCGUUUAUUGCUGGCCACGCCGACGAAAGCCUCUGUGGCAGUCGCCGCAACUACUUUGGGCUUGUGGUGAACAAAACGUUAACCCCCGUGAAGUUGUUCUCCGACUUGGGUAUCCAUAUCACCUCGGCUGCUCCUGCUCGCUUCAUUUGGGGUACAAGUUACAACUUUGCUCUUCAGCAAAUGGGGCAAAACUUUGACCAGUUCUCCAAGCCACCUUUGGACCCUUCGCCUAAGAUUGGUUCCUGGGAUAAGAUGAAGCUCAUGGUGCACGGGCUGUUCAACGUUAAGGUCGACAAGGCGUUUGAAGUUGCGUUUAAGGGGCUGAGAGACCCGUACAACGUGUUCCAGACGGCAGCAGGGUUCAUGUUGCUGUUUGAGGACCACAUGGACUGGGACGUCAAUCCCGAUGACGAUCUGCGGCUGUUCCUCUCCGUCAAGGCCGGGAAGGUGCUGUGGUACAUCCCCAACUACUUGCUGCUGCCAUUGCUGCUGUGGGUGCUGCAGUACGUGGUGUGGCUCCCGCAGUCUACGGAAGUGGUGACGCUGGGCUAUGCUUACUACUUGAUUAAGGAGGCCCAAGUGAAGAAUAUCAAGACGAUCCCUCCCAUCACCGCUAUGCAACGGAAAGUGGUGCAAUUGAGUGGGGGUAUCGAUUUCACCCUUGGGUUCCUCUUAGAGCGUCGUGACGCUGAAGGGAACAUCUCCACCAAGUGCAUCAACCACUGGGAAGUUCAGCUCCACCACCCGGACUACGCUAAAGAAGGUCACGACUCCUACGCCGGGUGGAGACUGGACUACGUGCUGAUGAAGAUCGCGUUUAACGCCAACCAAGACACCCUGUACAACACCAUCCACAUGCUGCCGGGGACAAUGAGAGCGAUCAUGGCGUGGUGGCACUUGUUUGCUCUGAACAUGAUGUUACCCAUCAAGAAAUCACACAUGUUUGGCGAAAACCAGCUGCCAUCACCCAAAUUCUCGCAGUACCUUGUUGCUAACAUCUUCGAGUUCCACGUGCGGCUGUUGUGGGCGGCCCACAUCUUCAGAGACGAUGCCAUCAAUGUUGACAACUACGACGAGAUUGAGUGUGUUGGGUUAAGAGGUAUGAUUGACGAGUUUGUCGUUGAUUUCCACCAGAAGCGGACGCCUCAACUUAUCCGCCACGCCACUUUAGAUGAGGAAAAGAAGGUGUACAAGAUGCAGUUCAACAUUGGUGAAAUCCACUUGAACGAGAUUGAUUUGCGGACGAUGAGAGCUAAGUUUAAGCAGGACGCCUACCUGACUUACGAUGCCCUUCAAGGCGGUGCCAACGCCAAUUCUGAGGGUAAGGUGAAGUUCAAGACGUUUGACGACGACCAGCGGUGGUUCGACGUCAACGACUACGAAGAGACAGAUACCACAACGUUGAGUAACACUCCCGUGACCGCUGAAGCGCUGCCGAUUCUCUAUACCCGCAAGUUCCUGUAUGUCCGUGACACUGGCGAUUCUGGUGAUGAUGAGCUUGACCGCAUGCUUGGUGACGACGCCAUCCACCGUUGUUUGAUCCGCUCUCAAAACAUUUGGAGUCCCCAGAUUGCUCAGGUGAAGCAGCGUUUGACUACGUUACGCAACAGUAAAGAGGAUACUCUGGCCCAAGUUGCUGAACUUGAAGCUGAACUUGCUCAAUUGGAGCAAAAGAAGACCGCUACCGGCGAGCGGCUUUCCCAGAGACUGAAGAGCGGCCACAUCCACGUGACUCCCGUCGCCCGCUACAACAACCAGUUCAUCCUCGUCCAGCUGUUCUUUAAGUACAACGAGCAGGUGCGCAACGACUUGCUCCGCUACGUCCAAUACGUGCUGUUUUACAGCAAGCUCCUGAAGUACGUUGACUGGCUGCUGAUUCGGAAGAUUGAUGACAUGAUUGAUGCCGAAAUCAAGCUCCAGAAUGACGCGGCGACGGUGGUACUGGGGGCGCACGGAGGCAGCCUGCCGAUCAAGAAGUUCACUCACAAGUUCACUCGGGCCCACCUGUACUCGCUGACUGCUGCUGACAUGCCGUCAGUGCACGAGGAGCCCACUGCUCAAGUGCGCUUGGACCACUUCGGCGAGAUUCUCCGCGAUAUUGGUAGCCAGUUUACUCUUUCUGAGGACUACUACAUCGAGGUGAUCAACCCGCAGUUCCAGUUGGCGCUGGAGGUGACUAAGGACGCUGCCGUGCUCGUGGCUUCACCGCAGAUCAUGUGUCAGAUUGCUCUGGUGUACGACGCUAAGGAUAAGCUGGCCAACAAGCCGAAUUUGGAGACGCGCUACGGGGUGAAGAUGGCCGAUGCUCUGAUCUUUGUUGUUACUAAACUGGCGUCAAAGCAUGUUAGUAAAGGCCUUUUGGCCGCUCAAAACAGUUACGGCACCAAGACGCUGUGGCCGCCGUGGUUGGGCUACGAGGUGUUCAAGGACCCCGACGUCGGCUUGGAGCAGUUGUUGGUGAAGAACUUGGACGUCAUGUUCACUUUUGAGAAGCUUGGAGAUAUGCUGACGUAUAAUGAAGAUGAAGUUGGUGGCUGUGACCGUAUGAACUUGGAUAUUCCCCAGCUUGUGAUCACGCUGACGCUGGACCAGUACUUCAAGCUUUUACUGAUCUGUCUCCUGUUGUUCUCGUAUCUGGACCCUUUGGCCGUUGCGACUAAGGCCAAGCUUGAGAAGAUUGAACUCUCGUCCUUGUUUUUGGACCUUGAAGUAUUGCGGACGCGGAUGGUCGAGCUUGACCGCCACCACGCCGUCCUCCAGUUCUUGGAACGCAACUACUACUUCCGCCAAGGUUCGCUCGACAACUCCCAGUUGAACGACUACAUUUUCCUCCGCAAGCAACUGGCAGAGAUGCUCCACGCCAUCUUUUUUACGAUGCAGCUGAUUCUCAACGGCGGUCACAGUGCUGCCGCCCUGCACACGAAGACUAUCCAAAAAUGGCAUUUCCAGGCGGACGAGAUCAUCUUGCACUUGCUUGAAAACGACCGGAGACCGUUGGUAGACGUGGCGUUCGCCAAGAACCGGUUUACCCGCAGCAUCUACGAGAACGGGCUGAACGAAAAUCGCAUCGAUAUUGCCAUGAUGCAAACAUUCAACUUGUUGCCGAAAUCGAAGUGUCCCAUGGUGUUGUCGCCGUACACGCUGGCUAAAGCUGGUAGCCUCGACGGCACUACGAUGAUCCUGGCGGAGUGGAAGAUGCACCGCCUGGUGGGUGGUAUCAGGGUGAUUGAACAGCUUUUGAUCAACUUGCAGCCGUUGCUGAUUAUGUUGGACGAGCUCACGUUGGAGCGGAUGUUGCACUUUGCCCUUCAGACCGACUUGGACCAGAUUAAGAGUCUGCCAGUGCUUCAAAAAGCAGCUCAAAAGGAAGAAGCCAGACGGGCUAGACAGAAGGCGGAGUCACCAGCGAAGACCCCGCUGCCACUGCUGAGUCAGCAGCUGCUGAAGUACACCCGCUCGGGCCCGCUCUCGGUGCUUGACGACGAGCCUGCCCCGGAUAUUGAGGAAAUGAUGCUUCGGUCUAAGGCCUACUUCUCAGUGGAGAAAUUGCGCGUCAGUCCACUUACUGUGCUGGUGCUGAUUAAGCUCCGUCACGGGGUGAUGAGAUUGCUUAACGUGCUGAACUUUGUCGUCCGUAUCCCUGAAUUCAUCGUGCGCCAAGAAGUGAUGUCGGUGAUGGAGAUCGGCAACCGCAUCAAGCGCGAGGUCAUCCGUGCCUUAUUAGGCCACUUGGGGUCAUUAUUGAGAAAUAAGGUCACUCCUAGCAACAUCAAGAGCAAGAACAAGGCGCCACUCCAGCAGAUCCAAAAGUACACUGGCUAUAUUGAUGUGGACGAAUUGAGAUCGCCACCAGCACUGCCAGUGCAGCUGCACAAGAAACAAAACGGUAGCCUUUUCAAGAAACGCACCGGUCCUGUUGUUGCCGACAAUUCUUCGAGUCUGGCUGAGGACCGCGUGAUUGUGACCCCGGACACGUCCCCUGAGACGUACCCCCCACCGGCCCCGGAUGCUGGCAUCGAUCAUCAACCUCCCCCGGCUAAGGUUCAAGGCAAACCCCGCUUAGCUACUACUGUCGACGGCAGCCCUCACGUGGACCCAACGGCCACAAUGGAAGGCUCUACUUUAGCCCCGGUCGGCAAGACCACCGCUAACGGCGCUGCUAACGGCGCUGCUAACGGCCUAGCGCCUGAACGACCCGCUUUGGGCGGCGUGUCGCCUGAUAUCGGCGUGAUGCCUAGCUCUAAUACUGAGCCGACAUCCCUGGACAUCGACGCCGCCAACGGCAUCCCAGAACCUGACGUAUAA